AUGCUCUUCAUGACCCUCGUGACGCUCAAGCAUGCUGGCACUUGGGAUAUCCUUGCUGCCAGUUUUGACGAGAAGGCCGCAACGUUCAGCAACCGCAUCACCCAAUUUAUCCGUGUUCUCCAUCCGUAUCUGAUCCGCAAGAACAUCGAUGAACAAGGAGUCAAGUGGACGAUGCACCAGCUUGCUGUCGCUGGUCAUCAAUUUGAAACCUACAAGUCGGCGCUUUAUGCCGUUGACGUCACCUUUCAGCAAACCACUGCACCUGCGGUAUCCUUUGGCGAGAAGAAAACGUACUUCUCCAAGAAGCAUGGACUCUAUGGUCACAAGGUCGAAGUGUCGGUGGCUCCGAACGGCUUGGCCAUCAAUGCAACGGAUUGUGCUGUGGGCAGCACGUCGGACUUUGAAAUGUUUAAGGCCAACCUGGGCUUCCACUCACACCAACUGGAGAAGCAGCCAAACGAUUACAACUGGGACGAUUGGAGUGGCCUUGGCGUCGUUCUGUUAGUAUGGUGGGAGGUGUGGAACUUGCAAAUGAAAUGA